AUGGCGACCCGACGUAAUAAUGUCAGCGAGAAAACCAUCUCGGAGGCACAAGGUGGCCCGCCACCCUCUGACCAAGUCUCUGAUACAUCGCCAGCCGUUCCAGCCGCCGUCAUCUACAAGCUUCUCGCCUUCACCGUGGCCAUGAUCUGUGCGCCGAUCGGCUCAUACUUUCUUUUGCUCAAUUCUGUCUUUAGAGGAAAUGCCAUAUAUUCUGGCGCCUUUGCUGCUGUGGUAGCGAAUGUUGUCCUGAUCGGCUACAUUAUCGUGGCCUGGAAAGAAGACGACAGCGAGAAUAUCGAAGCAGAAAAGAAACUCAAAAAAGCUCAAUAG